ACCUCCCCCCGAAGAUGACUACUACAGGCGUGAGCCGCCUCCUCUUUUCCUCGGAGAGCUGCAGUCCCAGAACUCCGACCUCCAACGGGAGCUGGGCAACCUCAAGAAGGAACUGGAACUGACAAACCAGAAGCUGGGCUCCAGUAUGCACAGCAUAAAGACCUUCUGGAGUCCAGAGCUGAAGAAGGAGAGAGCGUUGAGGAAGGAGGAGAGCGCCAAGUACAGCCUUAUUAAUGACCAACUGAAACUGCUCAACCAAGAAAAUCAGAAACAAGCGAUGCUCGUGCGACAAUUAGAAGAGGAACUUCGUUUGAGGAUGAGGCAACCGGCGCCUGAAUUGCAACAGCAGUUGGAAGCAUUGUUUUCUGAGAAUGAACACCUGCAGAGAGAGAUCGCGAUAUUGAGGGAUACCAUUAAGGAAUUAGAGUUGAGAAUUGAAACCCAAAAGCAAACUCUGCAAGCAAGAGAUGAGAGCAUCAAAAAGUUACUUGAAAUGCUACAAAAUAAAGGAAUGGGUAAAGAAGAAGAACGGCAAAUGUUUCAGCAAAUGCAGGCGAUGGCACAGAAGCAGGAGCUCAAGGCGACGGCGGACACGCUGCGGGCGCUGCAGACGCAGCUGGAGCGCGCGCUCACCGCCGCCGGCCUGCCCGGAGGCAGUGCGGGCGCCACCCUCACCGCCGUGCUCGAGACCAAGGAAGCGCGCAUCGCCACGCUGGAGCGGCAGGUCGCGUUGCUCGAGAGCGAGCUGGCCGCGCUCGUGUCGCCGCCGCCGCCCUCCCUCGCGCCCUCCCACGCCUCGCUUUUCGAUAAAGCCGACCCUCCCUUCAAGAGACAAUUGGACGAGUUUCGUCUGGAGAUCCAGAGGAGAGACCAGGAGAUAUUGGCGAUGGCGGCGAAGAUGAAAGCACUGGAGGAACAGCACCAGGAUUAUCAGCGUCACAUAGCUGUUCUGAAGGAGUCACUGUGCGCGAAGGAGGAACAUUACAGCAUGCUGCAAACAGACGUCGAAGAGCUUAAAGCUCGAUUGGACGAGAAGAGUAGACUAGUGGAGAAGAAGACAGCAGCAGCGUUGGCAGCUGCCCACGAGUUGGCAGAACUUCGAGACCACUCUGAGAUCAAAGAUCGAAAGAUCAACGUGCUCCAGCGCAAGAUUGAAAACCUUGAAGACCUCCUCAAAGAAAAAGAUAAUCAGGUUGACAUGGCAAGAGCUAGACUAAACGCUAUGCAAGCACACCAUUGCUCGUCAGAAGGCGCGCUAUCCUCCUUAGAAGAAGUUAUAGGAGACAAAGAAAAACAAAUCCAACAGUUACGGGAACAAAGAGAUAGAGCAGAACACGAAAAGAACGAAGAAAGAGAACUCCACGAAAGAGAAAUAGCAGAAUACAAGAUGAAACUACAUGCUUUGGAAAGUGAGGUUGAAAAAUUAGGUGCUAGACUCGAAAGAGCUCAGGCGGAGAAAGAUCGACUCGAGGCUAAACUUGAAAGUUCCCAGUCUGAGUUAGGAAAAUCAAAAGCCGAACUUGACAAAGCAGCAAGUGAAGUUGGAAGAUCAGGUGCUGAUUGGGAAGCAGCGAAACAGCGUUUGGCUCGGCUUGAGCUUGAAAAUGAACGGUUGAAACAUGAAUUAGAAAGGUCUCAGACAACAUUCGGAAGGAGCACGUUAACUACCUCGCAGGAACUUGACAGAGUUCAAGAGAAGGCCGAUAAGUCUGCAGCGGAAUUAAGACGAACUCAGGCAGAAUUGAGAGUUACUCAGGCGGAUGCUGAAAGAGCACAUUCUGAAGCUAGUGCGCUGCAGGACAAAUUAGAAAAGUCACAAGGUGAGGUAUACCGUCUUAAGGCUAAACUUGAAAAUGCACAAACAGAACAAGACAGUCUAAAGGAGGAAUACGACAGGGUGCAAUCCUCGAUCAGUCGACUCCACUCCGAGCGCGAUAAAGCCGUAGCAGAGCUGGAUAAAGCGCGCGAAGAGCUAGAGCGUACACAAGCCACUCUGGGCAAGGCACAGCUUCAGCAAGACAAGCUCCAGGCGUCUCUCGACUCGGCGCACACCGAGAUUGACAAGCUUCAAGAGAAAUUGGACAAGUCUGCUGUUGAAGUUAGAAAGCUACAAGUGGACAGGGAGAAACAAUCGUAUGACUUCGAAUCGCUGCAAUCUCAACUGGACAAGGCGCUGGGUCAAGCCGCCAGGCUUCAAAAAGAGAGGGAUACGGCCCAGCUUGACGCUGAGAGGUUCCGGGACAAACACGAUAAGGCACAGGCACUAGUAGCUCGCAUACAAAAAGAAAGGGAUGGAGCUCUAGCAGAUGCUGCUAGCUGCCGUGAAAGGGCCGAAGCGGCUGCUGCGGCCGCCAACAGGGCAGCCCGCGAUAGAGACAGUGCCGCUACAGAACUGGACGUGUUGAGGGAACGGUGGGAGAAAGCUCAUCAGCAACACCAGAAGCUUACGAUGGAAAGAGAUGAUGCCCUGACAGAACUGGAAAUAAUGAAAGAAAAACUAGAUAAAGCACUUUAUUCUUCACAAAAGACCAUCGAGGAAAAAGAAACAGCGCACAAAGAAUACGAAAAAAUGCUUGAAAAGUAUGAUAGAUCACAAAACGAAAUUUACCGAUUACAAAACAAGUUAGAUAUACUGGAAGCCGAUAAAGACCGUAUUGAACUCGAACUGGAAAAACAAGUUCACAUGUCGACAAAAGCUCGGGAAGACCAAAGAAAGAUGCAAGAUGAAUUGUCUAGGUUACAGGAAAUGUAUGAUAGAGCGUCAUUACAAUUGGGCAGGACCAAAGAACAGGAAGAGAAAGCUAAAGAAGAUAUGGAUAGGUUGAGUGUUGAUAUUGAAAUGGUUAGGGAAAGAUAUGAGAAGAGUCAGAUAGAAUUGCGAAGACUGCAAGCAGAAAAGGAGAAAUUGGUAGCCGAUAAUGAAAGAUUACAAUUUGAAUACGAUAGAGCAAUGACACAGUGUGGUAAGGCGCAAGCUUCAAAUGAAAAGACUCAAGAGGAAAUGGCUAGAGUACAAAUUGAACUCGAGAAGAUGUAUGAUAAACAUGAUAAGGUCUCUUCUGAAUUAAGAAGAGUGCAGGCCGAGCUUGACAAAGUUAAACAAGAUGCUAGUGGAGCUAGAGAAGAAGCGGAAAGAUACGCGGCACGUUAUGGAAAAUAUCAUGAUACAAAAGAAGAACAUGAAAGAACUAAAUUGGAGGUGGAACGACUUCGCGCACGGUUAGAGAAGACAGCGUUAGACCUGGAGCGAGCGCGCAAGGCUGAGGAGGAAGUAGUACGUCUACGCUCGGAGCUCGAACGCGUCGAAGGCCUUCGAGGUAAAUACCAAUUCGAACAGGAUAAGUGGACCAAUGAGCUGAAUCGGAUGCAGGCAGAAAUCGACAAGCACCGCGAACGGUAUGAAGUAGCACAGGCUGAUAUCCAGCGCGUGCAGUCAGAAAAGGAACAAGCUGAGACCAAGUUACAUGAACUGAAUAUACAAUUAGAACUAUCUAGGAGUGAAGUAGCGAAACUUUCUGGAGCAUUAGAAAAGCAGAGAACUGAUCUUGAACGCGCUCAUAUUGAGUGUGAAAAGUUCAGAGAUCGAUGCGAGAAACUUAAAUUACGUUCUGAGCAAUUAGAUAAAGAUAACGAGAGACUAAAGGGAGAGUUGCAACAAAUUGAGAGGAUGAAAUUACAGGCUGUGGCUGGAGAUAAAGCAAGGACUGAGGAUAGAUUGGAAAUUGAGCGUCUGCGGGACAAACUGGAAAAAGCUAUUCAAGCAAGAGACUCGACAGAAAUGGAAGCCGGUCGCUUGGCUAAAGAACUUGAGAAAUCACAAAUGCAUCUUGCCAAAUAUCAGGAAACUAAUGAGUCAACGCGGGUAGAAUAUGAUAGAAUGACUAACGAGUUAGGAAGAAUGCACGAGCGCCUUGAACGUACAAUCCUUGAAAUGCGACAGAUCGAACAGGAGAGAGAUGCGUUAAGAGCGGAAAUACAGAAUACGAGACGUAAUGUUGAGCAGCAACAAAGAACUUUGGACCAUCGAACGCAAGAAACUCUAGUAAAACUUCAACAAGAAUUAGCUCAGUCUGUGCGAGAUAGAGAAAAAAUGGCUUCAAUAUUAGAACAAAGAGACAAACAAGCAGACGCAAUAGAGAAACAGAUUGUGAAGUUAGAAGCUGAUACUAAACAGCUUACAAUUGAACGCGAUCAAUUAGUAGCUCAACUAGAAAAGUCACAGGACAUGUUAGUCAAUUUCCAGAGAGAACUGAAUGCUUCAGAAGCAGAAUUGCAGAAACAGCGAGAAGAAGUGCGUAGAUUGAAAGAAGAACAAAGAAAGAUGGCUCAGGAUUCUGAGCGUGGCACAAAAACCGUCCUCGAGAGUCGCGAUAGAGAAAUUGCAAAAUUACAGCAACAAGUCCAAGUUGUCACCAAAGAGAGAGAGACUAUCAGACAACGCGCGGAAAAAGCCGAGAGGGAAGCACAAAAAGUCGGGGAAAUUGAUAAGUGGCGAGCUGCCGUUGAAGCAGAAAAAACUAAGGCAAUCGCAGCAGAAAAAGCUUUAUCCGAAUGCCAGCAACGCUUACAGUCUUUGGAAAAACAGUUCCAGGCACAACAGCAGCAAUUGCAGCAGCUUCAAGCGCGGGGACCAUCGGAUGUUCGUGAAGUUCAGAAGCAGCUAGAAUCAGCGCAAGCGGAGGCGCGUUCUCUUGCAGUUGAGCGAGAACGAUGCCAGUCGCAGCUCGAGAUGCUUGUUCAAGAAUUGGAGAAGAGCCAGCUCGAUCUCCACGAAGCGAACAAGAAACUGCAAGCGGCUGGCGCUCAGAACGCCAAAGCUGGAGACGAUACAGCCCAAGCUAAGAGGCAGCUCCAAGAAGAAUUUAAGAAAUUGGAAGACGCGAGAAGACAUUUUGAAGAACAGAGAAGAACGUUCGAGAAUAAGAGGAAAGACGUGGAGGAAAAAGAAAAGUCGCUAACAGAAUUAGAUCGACAGUUAAAGAAGAGAAAAGAGCAAAUGGACCAAAUGGAAGCAUCGUUGAGGAAGGCCGGCGGCAGCACAGCAGCAGUCACAGAUCUGAACCGCAAGCUGACGGACACACAGAAGGAUGCUGAGCAGCUGAAGCAACAGCUGGACCAGAGCAAGGAGGAGGCGAAGCGGCUGACCACAGAGACGGAGAGGCUUCUGCAGCUGGUGCAGAUGUCGCAAGAGGAACAGGCACAGAAGGAGAAGCAGAUAAUGGAUUUGCAGCAAUCUGUGAGAAACCUUCAAGCCAAACUCAAAAGUCAGCAACAAGCACAAGCACAAAGAGAAGAGGCUGGACCCGCUGGCUUCCUCAAAAGCUUUUUCUAAGUUAGUCCUUCGCCUCAAGACUGUCAUUCAUUUAUUUGCUCUUUUUAAUUUAAAUAGUUAUUUUCUUAAACCGUCGAUUGACAAAUAUUCCGUGAGCGACAACUAUAGACUCCACGUCUUUCAUAAACUUAUCACAAUUAAGCUUUACAAUUGCAAUUUCUUAAUAAGUAAUGUUAUCGAUAUCUAACUAUAUAUUGAAUAUAUAUAUAUUAAUGAAGUGUUCAGAUAAUAAUAACAGCGUCUUGUUGAUGUACUCCGGUAUAACAUAUACACAGUGCGAGUCUCAGUUCAUUGUAACCAACACACAAGUAAGAUUAAUAAUUAGUUUAGAGAUAUUUUUAAGUGACGUUUAAAAAAAAAUGGGGAAAAAAAAUAAAUAAUCGUGUUCAGCCGGAAUUAUUUUGUUAAGGAUUGAUAUGAAUAAAAAAAAAACAUAUUGUGUAAAACUGUUAAGUGAACAUGUAUCUAGUUAGAUGAAGUAAGUUGUCCACUAAAUAGUCGAUGUUACCCAGCUUUCAUCUUGUUAUGCGAAUAAUCAUAUUACCUAUUUAUACUGAAAGAAAAUCUAUGUUGACCUUUCUCCAGUUAUUUUUGUGUUUAUAUUGUUGAGAAUUUUGUUGUUGAAGUAAAAAGAGAAACUAUAUAAUUUUU